GCGGUCGGCAAAUGGUCACGUGGUGCGAGCUGGGAGGUGAAAGGGGAACGCGGGGCUGAUUCGCAAAUGGAGGACAGUGGGCUGUACCCAGUGUCGGCAUUGGAAAGCAAGCGCUGAGAACCGGGCUGCCGGCGGCGGAAAGUAAUCGAAUUUAACCGUGAGCCUGUACUGGUCAGCGGAAGAGAGCUGUGGCUUCUGUCAUCAUUGGUGAGCUGUGUGAAGACGUGAGCAUGGACGCAGCAUAUGCAGAAGAUGAUAUUUCUAUUUUGAAUCAUGAAGAAGCAAGCCCUGAAGCAACAGCUUUCAGGUUUAGUCCUGUUGCAGGUUCUUCAGGUGAUGAAUCUGUCGGUUCCCACUUUGCACUUGUCACAGCCUACGAAGAUAUCAAAAAACGAUUGAAGCAAACGGAGAGUGAAAAUUCUUUGUUGAAGAAAAAAGCUCGGAUUCUGGAGGAAAGGCUUCUUAAUGCAUCUAUGGACAAAGAGAAAGGUUUUUUCGGACAGGAGGAGGUGAAUAAAGCUUACCAGGUUUAUCGGGAAGUCUGCAUUGAAAGAGACAAGAUGAGACAGAAACUGGAAAGAAUGGUCAAGGAUCAGAUGGAUUCUGUCCGAAUUCUGAAUGAAACGCUACAGGCUAAAGAAGUAGAAAUUCUUCAGCUACGAAGUGAAGUUGAAACCAAUCAAGUGAUGGAUCAUCUGAACAGAACCUAUAAUUCCUGGGAUUUAGAAAAAUCAAGUAAUGAACUGAAAGUGCAAACCUUAAAACAAGAACUGGAGAUUCUUAACCAAGAAUGUAAUUUCCUUAGAGAAGAGCUACAAAAUUAUAAACUGAAGGUCUCCAGACUAGAAUCAUGCAUGCCCAAAAGAGAGAUCCUGAAAGAUGAAGAAACAGAGAGAGAAGUUGGUCUGCAAAAGCCAUACCAGGAUCUGAAGAGAGAAAUGUCUAAUUUACAUUUGGUGACAAAAACGCAAACUGAGCUUCUGCAAAAACUGUUAGCCACACACAGCUCAACAAAGAAUGUUCAAAACCUAGAUGACCUGUCACUUGACUGUGGAAAACUGGAGCUGAAUUCUUCGGGGGCAAUGUAUCAGGCACGGCAUCCGUCAUCAAAGGAGGCCGAUGAGAAAAAUUCAAAAUUUGCCACAACUCACAAUUUUCAUCAGGAUACAGCACCUUUUUGUGACCAAGAAGAGUUCCAUGUACCAUGGGCAAACUCAAGGCCCACUCCCGUUGGCAGUGCUGCAUUGGAAGAAAAGGUUUCUUGUAGAAAGGGCUCAAUUGAUGAUAACUCGUGGGUUUUUCCUAACCCACCAUUGGGCAAUCCUAGUAAUGCAGCAUUCUGGAAAACUGGAAAUACACCUGGCUCUUCUGCUAUGAAAAUACCUGUUGUGAAUAUUCGUGAUCCAUUUUUGUUCCGAAGCUGAGCUAUAUAAUUUGUGAAUAAUAGGAAAUUCUAUUUGUAAAGUAUUUUUAAAAUGCUGAUUUAAAAUAAGUGGAUUAGUUGGUGAUAGCAUUUGCUGAUGCUUUUUAAAUUUUAUUUCUGAAUUCAGAAAGUAAACAAUUUGACAGUAGCUGAUAAUCUUAUAGAAUGCACCAAGCUUCAGAAAUACUAUAGUGAAUUUUCUUUCUUCAACUAAUAAUCCAUCUGUAUAUCGAACAAAAAUGGUAUGGAAAUAAGUGUUUAUAUUCUGAACCUUAGUUAAGGCACAUCUGUGAGUAUGGGAAAUGCUGCUGAAAUUCUCCAACGGCUUUAAUAAAGUUCAAAGGAAAAUGUAUAUUAUGUGAUAAAUUCAAAUCUGCAGAUCUUAUUUGCUAAAUGUUUGAUAGUAUGUAAAUGAAACAUGCAUACUCUUUAGAAGUAGACUUUAUUCCAUGAAGAAAUGCAUUUUACUUGACAUUUUUGCACUAAUUUCACUACUGGUUAUUUUUGAAUUCUUCUUAAAGUGCCUCCAUAUUUUUUGUAAAUACUAUUUUUAGAAUAAGAAGCUCCUAACCUCUGUGCCAAUCUCACCAAAAACAUUACAAAUAGUUGCUUUGGAAAUAAAAUUAAACAUUUAGUUUUUUGUGGAGGUUGUAUAUUAGUCUAUUUUUGUUUUGUGCAUAACCAUUUAAAAACUGUUGUGUAAUCUGUUAGCUUGGCCAGAACAAUUCCUUCUCUCUGAAUGAGAUCCCUUGAGAAGAUAAUGAUAUAUUCCCAUGGCAUUUCUUUGGAUUCUGAGACACUGAAGAGUCCCAAUGUUGGAGUGGAAGUGCGUGGGUGGGGGGGUAAUAAUGUAUAGGUGGGUGGAUUGGGAGAUGGUACAUUUCUUCCAUGAUCUACGCCUGGCUUCUUUGUGCUAUUAAUACAUCAAUGUAGUGUAACAGUACCUCCAAGUUUUCUUCUCCAUCUAAAUGUUCAUGGAUUCUCAAGACUCACUUGGAAUUUUGCAAUUUUUCUCAAUACAUUUCGAGAAUAUCCUUGAAUCUUUUCAUCUGUCACCUUGUAAUUUCCUCCUGUAGUUUUAUGUUGUUUGAUCUGCAGAGCCUGAUGAAAGGCAUAAAUUGAAUUGCUUCACAACCAUCUUAAAACUGCAAUUUGUCUUUGUUUCCUGCUGAUUUUCUUUGUGUACAAGAAAGCCCCAAAAUAAGUUGAUUGAUGGGUUUUUUUGUUUCGUUUUACCUGUUAGUUCUUUGUUUAGUGGAGUGGGAAUGAAAGAGCAUUGUAGUAUUAGUUGAUUAUGAUACCUCAAACUUUCUCUGAAUUAACUAGCCUGUCUAAGCUACCAGACAAAUCAAAGUGAGGAUAAAUACCCAUUUGGAAAAGGGAUAAUUAGCCAUGAAUUUGUCUGCAGUUGCAUGUAGUAUCUCAUCGAAGAGAAAACAUUGCAGAUGCCAACCUGAAUCUAAUUGAAUUCCAUGGAAGGUUAACAAGGUAGACCAAUUGAAAUACAAUUAACUAAAAUUAAAGCAUAUAUAGAUCGUUCUGUUUCUGUAGUUGUGAAAAUCCCUAUUUAAGGAAACAGAGCAAUGGACUUGCAAUCAAAUUGUAGACAUCUCUGACCAGGCUGAAUUUCCACAUACCAAUAAUUAAAGUAUGAUUGUAAACUAUCAAUGAAAAGUGUUCUAAGUUUAAUAUUAAAAUGCUCUUUGUUGAGAAUUUGUACGGUAACUUGGCAUAUUUUGCUGAAACUAUUUUUCCUUAUUUAAGUUGUUGUAUUGCUAUAAUUUGCAGUGCAAAGCAUCAACUUGCUAUUAUUAAAUAAUAAUUAUUUCCAUUUUCAAUCAUCAGUAGAAUAUAAAAUGAAACUGAAAUAAAAUUAAAUUUCAAUUAUGAUCCAAAUUAUUUAUUUACCUGUCCGAUGCAAUGAUCCCCUUCAGAUCACUUGUAGAACAUAACCUGGCACUUGUGUUUCAUUAUGAGACACAGUUGUAUAUGUAUUGUUAUAUAUUGGUUAAAUAAAUGACUAAAUAUUUUUAAAGCCAUGAUGUUAUUUACUGGGGAGGGAUUACUAUUAUUUUGCUUCCUUAUAUAUCUUGUGUAGGUGACAUUGGUGUUACCUGUAAAUAUAGUUAUCUGUUUAAAUCUUUCCUUGUUGAGCCAUUAUUUUAUUUUUAAAUGAAUUUGACAAUGUAGAAAAGAGGAAUUGGCUGUAUUUACUAGUACCAGCAAAGUUUCAAUGUUUGUUCUUUUGGUUUCUUGCCGUUUAUUUAUGCUUCUUAAAACUGUUGAUAAUAAAACACCCCAGAUUCCCCA